CAAUACAUAAUUGAGAUGAGUAAAACUAUUGCUGCUGAGAUCAUUCAGAAAUUUGAGCCCAUUGAAGAAGUUAGGAAAGCACGCCAGAUGUCAUUAGAAGGUUUUACAAGAUACAUGGAUUCAUCUGAAUGUGUACUCUUUAAACCGGAAUGUAAAAAAGUUUAUCAAGAUAUGACUCAUCCGUUAAAUGAUUACUUUAUUUCAACUUCACAUAACACAUAUUUGGUAUCUGACCAAUUAGUGGGACCAAGUGACCUCUGGGGAUAUGUGAGUGCCCUUGUGAAAGGAUGUCGUUGUCUGGAAAUUGACUGCUGGGAUGGUGCACAAAAUGAACCUAUUGUAUACCACGGCUAUACACUCACCAGCAAGCUUCUGUUUAAAACUGUCAUACAAGCAAUACACAAAUAUGCAUUCAUGACAUCUGACUACCCGGUGGUGCUCUCUUUAGAAAAUCACUGCUCCCCUUCUCAGCAAGAAGUGAUGGCAGAUAAUUUGCAGGCGACUUUUGGAGACUCCCUGCUUUCUGAUAUUCUUGAUGAAUUUCAAGACAGACUACCUUCACCAGAGGUACUAAAAUUCAAAGUGCUAGUUAAAAAUAAGAAAAUAGGAACCUUAUUGGAAACCCGGGAAAGGAAAGGCGCUGAUAAGCAUGGGAAGGACAAUCAAGAAAAAGAAACAGAAGGAAAAAAGAUGCGUGGAAUAAUUUUCAAGAAAAGGAAGACCAGGAAGGUAAAAAUUGCUCUGGCCUUAUCUGAUCUUGUCAUUUAUACUAAAGCUGAGAAGUUCAAAAGCUUUCAACAUUCAAGACAGUAUCAGCAAUUUAAUGAAAAUAAUUCUAUUGGGGAGACACGGGCCCGAAAACUUUCAAAGUUGAAAGUCGAAGAGUUUAUUUCUCACACCAGGACCUUCAUUACCAGAAUAUAUCCCAAAGCAACAAGAGCAGACUCUUCUAAUUUUAAUCCUCAAGAAUUUUGGAAUAUAGGUUGUCAAAUGGUGGCCUUAAAUUUCCAGACCCCCGGUCUGCCUAUGGACCUGCAAAAUGGGAAAUUUUUUGAUAAUGGUGGGUCUGGAUAUAUUUUGAAACCACAGUUCCUAAGAGAUGCUAACUCAGACUUUAACCCACAUGAAAUAACAGACAGUAAUCCAAUUACACUUACAAUAAGGAUCAUCAGUGGUGCCCAGUUGCCUGUUACAAAUACAUCAUCGAACAAGGCUGACACACUAGUGAUCAUAGAAGUCUUUGGUGUUCCACAUGAUCAAGCGAAGCAGCAGACUCGUGUCAUUAAAAAAAAUGCUUUUAGUCCAAGAUGGAAUGAAACAUUCACAUUUAUUAUUCAUGUGCCAGAAUUGGCAUUGAUACGUUUUGUUGUUGAAAAUCAAGGUUUAAUAGCAGGAAAUGAAUUUCUCGGGCAAUAUACUAUACCACUCCUAUGCAUGAACAAAGGUUACCGUUAUGUUCCUCUUUUCUCCAAAAUGGGCGAGAGUCUGGAGCCGGCUUCACUGUUUGUGUACGUGUGGUAUGUCUGAUAGCAGCUAAUGGUACCUGACACCUCAUUAGCUAUGCAUCACAAUAAAAUGGCCAAAAUGAA